GUUAUCGGUCAUCGGCGUUUCGUUUUGAGCAUUAAACUGUGUCCAUCCGCAUUGCAGGAAUCGCACCUUCUCCGACUCUCUGGCUAGUAUUAGAAGCCUACUCGAAUACGUCCGUACAUUGGAAGCCGCGAUCCCCGCACUCGCCUUCGUCAGAACCUCCUGCAAGAAGCUACAUUUCGAACAGAGAGUGCUCUAGCCUACACAACAACGACACUGUUAUCCGCACGACACAGCAAAUAUGGCUUCGACUGAGGCUACCCUCCGGUCCUUUUUCCAAGCAUCCAAGUAUGCAGUCGUCGGCGCGAGCACGAACACAGAGAAGUUUGGCUACAAAGUCUUCAAGUGGUACGUCAACCAUGGCCUGCCGGCGACGCCCAUCAACCCUUCGGCUCCGGCCAUCAAUGUGGACGGCAAAGAUUACCCGACCGCAGCGUCUCUCUCGGCGCUGCAGGAAGCCGAGGGGACCGCGGUAUCAAUCAUUACGGCUCCGCCUGUGACGAAAAAGACGCUUGAAGAGGCAAAGGACCUGGGAAUCCAGGCCGUUUUCCUGCAGCCGGGGACCUUCGACGAUGACGUCUUGGCUAACGCACGCGAGAACUUUGCCACCGUCCUUGCAGGAAAGGGAGGCGCCGGGUCGGAGGGUUGGUGUGUGCUUGUCGACGGCGAACGUGGUCUGCGGGCGGCUGGGAAGCUCUGAGUGUCGCCAUUUUGAAAUCCAGGCAGCAGCUCGUCAUCCGGCAUGGAGAAUGUGUCGAUU